AUGCUGGCUUUGCUGUCGUUCUACAAGUGGUUCUAUCGAGCCACAUCGCAAAUCAUGACACUGAUCCCGAGCUCGGUGUGGAUGCUGGUCCUAGCCUGCGUGUUGUCUUCUGUGAACGUCGCUGUCGUUGCACAGCCAACGGUCAAAGUACUGAACGGCAGCUACGCCGGCAAAUACCUCCCAACGUGGAAGCAGGACGUCUUCCUCGGCAUACCCUAUGCUCGAGACGCCGGCGGGCCCAACCGCUUCCGCAUUCCACAGGCACUGAAUGAGUCUUGGGAUGAUAUCCGCUCGGCAACGCAGUAUGGCGAUCAGUGCCCGGAUGACAGCUAUGUUAUUGGCGCGCCUUACGGGCAGAGCGAGAACUGCUUGAGUUUGAAUGUCGUGCGGCCUGCUGCGUCUGCGAGCAAACGAUCGACUUCUGGAUUGCUGCCGGUCUUGGUCUGGAUCCACGGAGGAUCUUACCAACGAGGGACAACAGGCUUACCGCAGUAUAACUUGACGUACAUUGUGGCAAGGUCGAUGGAGAUCGAGAAGCCGAUCGUUGGUGUGAGUAUCAACUACAGGAAAGGCGGCUGGGGUAACAUGUACUCUAUUGAGAUAGCUGGUUCCGGCAACACCAACAUCGCUCUCCGGGACAUGCGGCAAGCUUUGGCUUGGUUGCAGGAGAAUGUCGAGGCUUUUGGUGGCGAUCCAAACAGCGUGACGAUAUGGGGCGAGUCAAGCGGCUCGUUUGCGGUCGGCCAGCUGCUCCUCUCGUACGCCGGUCGCACCGACGGCUUGUUCCACAAGUCGAUCCAGGAGAGUGGAAGUGCGACGACUGCCUGGUACAAUGGCACAGAAUGGUACCAGCCGAUAUACGAUAAGAUUGUCGACCAGGUCAAUUGCACUGACGCAGUCGAGACUCUAGAGUGUCUCCGCACUGUUCCAUUUGAGGCUCUCCUUCCCUACAUCAACUCAUCAGCCGUCGUCGGACCUGGCUGGUACCUAACAGUCGACGGCGACAUCGUCCCCGAGUUUCCAACAAAACUGCUUGACAGCGGACGCUUCGCACACGUUCCUCACCUCUACGGCUCGAACUCAGACGAAGGCACCGAUAACGCACCCGUGGGCGCCAUCAACUCAGACGAAGACGUGUACACCUGGUUGAGCACGGGCGUCGGCUUCGGCUAUCCGACCUCUGCCGUGAACGAGAUCAUGCAAUUAUAUCCGGACGAUCCUGCUCAAGGCAUCCCACUGAAUACUGGCACCGAACGCUUCGCAGAUCUCGGCUAUCAGUACAAGCGAGCUGCGGCCAUAGCCGGGGAUAUUUUCUACCACGCCCCGAGGCUGCACGAUGCACGCCAGUACGCCAAAUUCGGUGGGCCAACGUACAUCUACCGCUUCAAUACCCGCGCGUACAGGACGAACGUGACUGCCACGACCUACUCGGCCACAGAUGCACUAGCGCCAGCCGCGAAAGGAGUCGCUCAUUUCUCGGAGGUAGCCUUCGUCUUCGGCAGUCCAGGCGUGGGAAGUGAUCCAGAAUAUCAGGCUCUGAGCGAUCAGAUGAGCGCGCAAUGGCUAUCCUUUGUGUACAACGGAGACCCGAAUAGUGCUGGCUUGCCUGAAUGGCCGACAUAUGAUCAGGGAACAAAUGGCCUGAAUCUGGUGCUGCAAACACAGGAGCAGGGCGGUAGCUAUGUUGAGGAAGACACAUACAGGCUCGCGGGACGCGAGUUCUUGACCAAGUGGGCGCCGCGGCGGCACGUGUGA